CAAACAGAGCCAUGGCGACUCCCUCGGCUGCCUUUGAGGCCCUUAUGAAUGGAGUGACAAGCUGGGACCUUCCUGAAGAUGCCAUCCCUUGUGAACUGCUUCUAAUCGGAGAGGCCUCAUUUCCUGUCAUGGUGAAUGACAUGGGCCAGGUGCUCAUUGCUGCCUCCUCCUACGGUCGAGGCCGCCUGGUGGUGGUAUCCCAUGAGGACUACUUGGCUGAAACCCAGCUCACUCCCUUUCUCAUCAAUGCUGUGGGGUGGCUUCGUUCCUCCCCUGGGGCCCCCAUUGGUAUACACCCAUCUGUGGCACCUUUGGUCAAAAUCCUGGAGGGCGCUGGAGUAGAGUCCAAGAUUGAACCGGAAGUGAAUGACUCCCUGGGGGUUUACUGCAUUGAUGCCUACAAUGAAACCAUGACUGAAAAGCUGGUCCAGUUCAUGAAACGUGGAGGAGGCUUGCUCAUGGGAGGCCAAGCCUGGGACUGGGCCAACCAGGGUGAAGAUGAAAGAGUUCUGUUCACCUUUCCGGGGAACCUGGUCACCAGUGUGGCUGGCGUGUACUUCACCGACAACAAAGGAGACACAAGUUUCUUCAAAGUCUCCAAGAAGAUGCCCAAAAUCCCAGUCUUAGUUAGUUGUGAAGACGACCUCUCUGAGGACAGAGACGAGCUCCUGCAUGGCAUUUCAGAGCUGGACAUCAGCAAUUCAGACUGUUUCCCAUCUCAGCUGCUAGUGCAUGGGGCUUUGGCUUUUCCUCUGGGGUUAGAUUCCUACCACGGCUGUGUGAUAGCGGCUGCCCGCUAUGGCCGGGGCCGGGUGGUGGUGACUGGUCAUAAGGUUCUAUUCACGGUGGGGAAGCUAGGCCCCUUUCUGCUCAAUGCUGUGCGCUGGCUGGACGGGGGCCGCAGAGGCAAGAUUGUAGUGCAGACAGAGCUGAGAACACUGAGCGGUCUGCUAGCCGUAGGGGGCAUAGACACCAGCAUCGAGCCCAAUCUAACCAGCGAUGCCAGUGUCUAUUGCUUUGAACCUAUGAGUGAUAUCGGGGUCAAGGAGCUGCAGGAGUUUGUGGCAGAGGGUGGAGGGCUCUUCGUUGGUGCCCAGGCCUGGUGGUGGGCCUUCAAAAACCCAGGGGUGUCCCCCCUGGCUCGAUUCCCAGGAAAUUUGCUCCUCAACCCCUUUGGCAUCAGCAUUACAAGCCAAAGCCUCAACCCGGGCCCCUUCCGUACCCCUAAAGCAGGGAUAAGGACCUACCACUUCCGCUCCACCCUGGCUGAGUUCCAGGUUAUAAUGGGCAGAAAGAGAGGGAAUGUGGAGAAAGGCUGGCUGGCGAAGCUGGGCCCCGACGGCGCGGCAUUCCUCCAGAUCCCCGCAGAAGAGAUCCCUGCCUACAUGUCAGUGCACCGGCUCCUGAGGAAGCUGCUGAGCCGCUAUCGGCUCCCCGUGGCCACCCGAGAGAACCCUGUGAUCAAUGACUGUUGCCGAGGGGCCAUGCUCUCCCUGGCCACAGGUCUGGCCCACUCUGGAAGUGACCUCUCGCUGCUCGUCCCAGAAAUUGAAGACAUCUACAGCAGCGCCUACAUGCGCCCCUCAGAAGCUCCCAUCACCGUGGAGGUCAACUGCACCAAUCCAGGCACCCGAUACUGCUGGAUGAGCACGGGUCUCUACAUACCUGGAAGACAAAUUAUAGAAGUCUCAUUGCCCGAAGCCGCUGCCUCUGCUGAUCUGAAGAUACAGAUUGGCUGCCACACAGAUGACCUGACCAGAGCCAGCAAGCUGUUCCGAGGCCCACUCGUGAUUAACCGGUGCUGCCUGGACAAGCCUACAAAAUCAAUCACCUGUCUCUGGGGUGGCCUGCUGUACAUCAUCGUGCCUCAGAGCAGCAAACUGGGUUCUGUGCCCAUCACCAUUAAGGGGGCUGUACAUGCUCCAUAUUACAAACUGGGAGAGACAUCCCAGGAAGAGUGGAAGAGGCGUAUCCAAGAGCACCCAGGUCCCUGGGGUGAGCUGGCUACAGACAACAUCAUCCUGACAGUGCCAACUGCCAACCUGCGUGCCCUGGAGAACCCCGAGCCACUGCUCCGCCUCUGGGACGAGGUGAUGCAGGCUGUGGCUCGGCUGGGAGCAGAGCCCUUCCCGCUGCGUCUGCCUCAGAGAAUCGUGGCCGACGUGCAGAUCUCCGUCGGCUGGAUGCACGCAGGGUACCCCAUCAUGUGCCACCUGGAGUCAGUGCAGGAGCUCAUCAAUGAGAAGCUCAUCAGAACCAAGGGGCUGUGGGGCCCGGUGCACGAGCUGGGCCGCAACCAGCAGCGGCAGGAGUGGGAGUUCCCCCCGCACACCACUGAGGCCACCUGCAACCUGUGGUGUGUCUAUGUACACGAAACGGUCCUGGGCAUUCCACGGAGCCGUGCUAACAUUGCCCUGUGGCCCCCUGUGCGGGAGAAGAGAGUUCGAAUCUACCUGGGCAAGGGGCCUAAUGUGAAAAACUGGAAUGCAUGGACUGCACUGGAAACAUAUUUGCAGCUUCAGGAGGCCUUUGGUUGGGAGCCAUUCAUCCGUCUCUUCACUGAGUAUAGAAACCAGACCAACUUGCCCACAGAUAAUGUGGACAAAAUGAAUCUGUGGGUCAAGAUGUUCUCCCACCAAGUACAGAAGAAUCUGGCUCCGUUCUUUGAGGCCUGGGCCUGGCCCAUCCAGAAGGAAGUGGCUACCAGCCUGGCCUAUCUGCCUGAAUGGAAGGAAAAUAUUAUGAAAUUGUACCUCCUCACACAGAUGUAAGGAGUGCCCAUCGAGGUGGCAGGCCCCACUGAAAUUGAAGUCCAAGAAAAACAAAAAGAGAAUUGAAUCUCAGCAAAGGAAACAGAAGGCAUUUGAUUGGAGAAGAUCUCAACACUUGUCCAGAAGAGAGAAAAAAACAGGAGGAAGUAUGGUAAUGCAUGGAACGAAGGUACCUUUCAGACAGAAUAUACGCUGGUCUGAACAUCAUAACCCCAAAGAGACUUGAACAUUGAAAAUGUCUAUUUACAAAAGAAUUGUACCAGUUGUAAAUUUGUUCCCUAUCCUAUUCUACUCCAACCCUUGUGCACAAAACACAGGCAACCUAUUCUUGGUAACAGUUUAAAAUUCAUUGUCAUUGUGGUUGUAUGUAUAAAGGAGUUGCAUAAACUGCCUAAGGAGAGGUAAGAGUUGGUGCUGCAAAUAAAAUUCGUUCUGUGGAAAUGAGUGGUCCCCUAGCCUAUUCCCCAACUCUCUACUGAGAGUUGAGACCGACAGUGAAGUGUCCAGUUACAGAAGAAACUUGCUGUUGAAACAGAUCCAAACACAGAAUCACAGAAGAAACCCAUACCAAUUCCUGAGAAGUCAGUACUUCACAUUUAAGCUUCAGUGUGAAUUUUCAUCUAGGGAUUCCCAAACAUGGAGGUGAGGAGGGAAGAGAAGGGAGAAGUAUAAGGAAAAUAACCAUGUAGAAUUAAAGGUUUGAAAAUUACUACCAACACUAGAGGAAAUUAAGUCAAUGAGGGGAAAAGUAUGACAUAAAAUUCUGUCUAUCUUUAGAGAGAUUUUACUACCAGAAAAAAAAAAGAGAAAACUCAGAAUAACAAAAAUCCUUUGUAGGUAAAAUAGAACUGCCAAAAGUAUUCAUUUGGUAGACAGGCUGAAAAGUGAAAUGAAAGAAAUCUCCCUAGAUUCACAGCAAAAAAGACAUAUAGACAGAAAAUAUGAGGAAAGGAAGAGACAUAGACAACCAAUUAUAUGUAAUCAUUAGGUUCCCUAGAAAACAUGGAGAAAGAAAUAAAAAGGAAAAUAAUUGAACUGAAAAAACUAAGUCUCCAGACUAACAGACCAAAACAGCCUAUACACCUAGACACAAUCUGAAGAAAUUUUGGAAUACUAAAGAAAGAGGGAAGAUGUUAAAGUGGCCAAAGGGGAAAAUUAGGUCAUCAUAAUUAGUUCACCAAAGCAGAGAUGAGAAAUAGACCACAGCAGAAUUUUCAACAGCAGCACUGAUGCUGUAGGACAAUGGAUCAGUGUGUUCGCAUAGCUUCUGGAAAAUUUCAGUACCCAGGAUUGCAUGGAAGGCAGGCUUUCAAGACGAAGGCCAAAGGCAUUUUCUGGCAAGCACAUUUUCAGUAAAGUUUUCAGUUUAGUUCCUCAGUAAAUGGUCUAAAGACCUUCCUUAGGACCUUUACUGUGGAAGUACCUUGAGAAAGUUCUCCAGAGAAAUGAAGAUGGAAACCACAAAAGAGGAAAUAGGAUAUAGAAAACAAUAGGCCUCUCCCAUGUUAUCUUGUUCUAGAGCAGUGGUUGUUCCAAAAGAAUGCCUGAGUCCAGAGUGAUGGUUAUUCCCAAGGAUUUCUGACUGUAGAGUUACAAUUGCCCAGCAGUACCAUUUUGUAUGAGAGCACAGUCUCAUCUCGGGCUCUGAAAAAUAUGCAUUCUGUGCCAUAGUAUCCAUGAGACACUGGGAUGAUUGAAAAUAAAAGACACACAUUCUUUAAUCAACAGAAAGAUAGACAAAUCAGAAAGGUGUCAAGAAUCCAAGGCUCAAUGAUGAAGAAAAAAAAAAGUGAGUACCUGACUUGGCUUACCCAUGAGUCUAAGAAGAGAGUCGUGUUGACUUUGGCGGUAGGUACAUUUCCUUUCCCAAGGUACAGGUAUGGCGUUGGGUGUGUAUGAGAGAAAAUAUCUUGACUUUUGCUUGUCUCCCAGUGAAAACCAUUUUCAUAGCCAAAAUAAUGGUAAUAACUGUGUAUUUGUCAUCCAUGUUCUGAUCUGUCAACAAAGCAUGGAAGGCUUACUUUCUGAUUCUGAAUUGAAGUUGAAAGUGAUGCUGAUAUUCUGAGUAGAAAGAAAGCAGAAAGAGGUUGAGAUUUAGUGGGAGAGGGGAAGAGGAGUGGAAGGAAGAGUAGGAUAUCACGUAUGUAUGCAAAAUGGGGAGGAAAUAAAGGUAUAUCAACCCAUGCUAUACAUUAAACCAAUAGAAACAGUAAACAGACAUGUCUCUCAUACAUUGGAAGAAUGGGCAAAGGAAAAUGGGAGAUAUGUAAGUUAAAAUCCUUAUCUUUUGUAAUGAGGAAUUAUUAAAGAUUAAAAAUUGUUCUAAAGUCCAUAAAUCAAGAAACUUAUCGUUGAAACGUUAUUUAAAUGUAGGAAGUUAGUGGCCAGAAGAUUCAGAAAUAGAUAAUUGUGAAAAGCAUCUAGGGCGUGGGAGUAAGGAAGACUGGCAAGGAAAACUGAUUUUCAUUUCAACUCCUUCUGUACUAUUUAAUUUUGUACCUUGUGCAUGUGUGACUUUGAAAAUGUUUCUAAUAAACUCAAAUAAAAAUU